AUGAAUCUUGAUUAUCCCUUAACGUCUACAAAUUCCUAUGACUUAGGAAUUGUAACGUCAUAUGGUACUGCAAAUACUUCAGUAUAUUCUUCCACAUUUAACCCAAAUUUGUGUAUAAAUGCAUUUUCUAAGACUAUGACAAAUUCUAAUUUGUCAUCCGGGACUAGUUGGCAGUCUCAACUCUACUCGUCGUCCCCGUCAAAACACUCCUCACAAAAUUGUUCUGCGUCUCCUGAUAAAACUACUUCAGUUCAGAAUCCCGAAAAUAAUGUACGAAAAAAUAAUUAUCAGCAUCCUGGUGUAGUUGCGUUCAAAACAAAAAACUUUUUGACAGUUAAUCCCGGGAAUGUGGAAGAGUUUGAGAAUAGGAUUAAAGGGAAACAACUAACAUCGGGAUUUGGAAUUUCAAAUGUUACCGAUUCUAUUAUGCAUAUUUCGACAAAUAAUAACCAUUUAAUAGGGACCUCACAUAGUUCGCAUACAAUCUCCAACGAAAAAUAUAGUGCAUCUGAUACCUCAAAAUUGAAUGUGGCUUCUAAUAUUUUGAACUGUACGGACGAUUCAGAUAUUUAUUUGUCAAAACUGGAAACAAAAAAUCAUCAACCAUCCAAUUGCUAUAACUUAUGUGAACGUCCAAAUUAUUUACAAGAUCAUUCAACUCCGAGUGAUCUUGAUUACUCUAUUCCAUUUAUCCUUCCACCUGGUGUGGUAGGGCCAUCAGUGUUGUUAUUUGAGGAAAAUCCUAUUUUAAAGUCUUCUUUAUCAUCAAAGGAUCCAAUGGUGAAAUAUUUAUCGAAUGCAUUAAUUAAAAUAAUUGACCAGUCUUUUGAAAACGAUAAUAAUUGGGUAAUAAGAAGAUUAGAGUGGAUUGAAACGAUUAAUAUUAUUAAAAAAGCAUUAGCAAAACAUGAAAAGGAUAAAAUUACAGUAACUCAACAAAUCAAAACAUUAGUUUUUGCAUAUGAAAUAAUUAAAAAACAAUUUGAAAAAAUUAACCAUCAAAAUUUAAUUAUACAAAAUGAAUUAAUAGAGGCCCAAAAAAAAAUUAAUUUACUUGAGCAGGAAAAACUUCAAACCGAUGAACAAAAAAAAUGGGACAUUAUUACAACAG